CUUUGUAGGGAAGGAGGGGUAUAGAGGCAUUCAUUCCAGCUUCAUACAGGAGGCAGUUGUGUGGGGAUAAAGGGGAUAACUUUCUUUCACUUACUCUUAUAGUCUGUCCAGGAAAGGAAGAGAAAGGAUGGACAGAUUGUUUUUCUAAUAUACCAGGACAAAAUGGCAUUUUUGUCUAAGCUGUCUUAAUUAUUAAGGUAUUGGUAAGUGUUACAAAGCCAAAAUGAUCCAAAAUGACCCAAAGGAUUGUGUCGUUUCUUUAGUGUUUUUCCUGUUUUAGAUUUGGUCUUUAAGGGAGCUUGUUAUAACAGCUUAGAAAAAUCCCACUUUGUGCUUUAAAAUCAUGCAUUGUCUUCCCUUUGCUAGGGCAACCAUAAGAGUUCACCCAGAGGACAAAUUUUCUAUCUCAUUAAUUGUUUUUUUUUUUUUUUACGCGAACCCUAGUGGCCCCUCAAACCCUUGACCUUUAAAGACAGUAUUUUGUGUAAGCUCUAUAAUUCUCCUACCAAAAUGACCCUUACACAUGCUGCCCUCUUCUUUUUCUCUUUCCCCCCUCCUUCCCUCUAACACACACUCCUUUGCUUUAGUCACAGAGCCAAGCUUUGCAUGACUCUGGAGAUAAAAGUUUUGUCAACAUCUGAAAUCAACUUAAAUCGGAUGGGAGACACUUUAAUGGUCACAGUUUGAAUUAAGUACUUAACACUCUCCCCCCUGAAGAAAAAUGGCACUUUGCAGGCUCUCUUUCCUAGUUUUGCUGAAAUCUACGAUAUACCCGGUGUUUUAUUACAGCGGGAAUUCAACUGUGACAGGCAUAGUAGAGUACUUAAUACCCAGGAUGGGGCUCCUGGGAAGAUUACCUAGAUAUAUGGGGAGUGGGCCCUCUGCACAGAAUCUCUGACUUUAUACCCAGCUCUUCGAGGGUGCUCACAUUCCGCACCCCCCCCCCCUCACCUCUCAGCUUCUUCCCCCCAGGGAUGGGUAUCUCCAUCUCUACUCUGUCCCCCUGAUCUUCUAAGCUUCCAAACUGGGCUGCUCUUCUCACCACUGCCUUCUCUGCAGCAGUUGCAACAUAGAAACUGAUCCAGGACUCUUUAGAAUGAAAGGGAAAAAAGACACCCAAAGAAUCAGUGUAGCAAACAGAGAGUGGGGGGGGGGGGCUUCCUGUCUGAAUGGGUGGGUUCUGUGCAGGGAGUAGGCUGUUCUUUGCACUCCUUUGGCUUGCAUCCCUAGCCUAGCCGCAGCCCUGUAUUGAAGAACAUAGGCUCAGCCUUCCCAAGGGCUGUUCCUAUUGCCCCUCUUCUAUAUUAUACCCCAGGGGCCCAAGAAGAACUCUGCUUCCUCUAUCAAAGGCUAAGGGCUAGGAAAAAUAGGAGGAGGAAAGAAUGUGGGUUCUCACUUCUUGUUGGAAUCAGGGAGGGUGCUGGGGCUGUUGAUGAAAUAUUCUAGUCUGAAACUUCUCUCUUGGAAUUCUGGUAUCACUUCUCAAGGCCCCACACUCAUGGAGUAACUCCCGCCACCCACUCAGGCCAGCUCCCCUGUCUCUGGGCUUGAUUUCUGGGGCUACAAGAGAUCCUUGUUUCAAAGAAUGUCCGAGGUGAAAGAGAUUUGGAGGCCAUUUUGGUUCAGUCUUCUCAGUUUACGGUAGAGGAAACUAAGGCAGUUGAAUGUUCCCCCAUGUUCCUGUUAAUGAAUGUGCAGGUUGAAUAGAGCCUUUGGUCUCACCUUGGAGAGGGGUAAGUGCGCAGGCAUCUUUCCUCUGGGCAAGUCUAUUCUGCCUGGAAUGGACCUGCCUCUGGGCUUACACUUGACAAGGAUGGCCACAGGUGUGCUGAGGUGUCCAGGGAGGUAGGGUGGGUUCUCUCCUGAAGCGCCAUCAAAGCGGCCCCAGGAGAUUAGGUCACCAAAGCGCCUUAGCCAGGGCACUGACACAGGUGGGCUGACCUUUGGUCCCAGGAGGGGACAGAUGCCUGGGUGCCUGGGAGAGCGGUGGGCACCCCACUGUCCACAAUGCUCAUAGUUCCAGAAUGACUAAUUCUAUGCUGGCCCUGGGAUUUCCAUGGCAGUCGCUUGCCCUGGAGUUGAGCAAGGAGCAAGGAGUGUCUGCGUUCUGGAGGCCUGGGAACUAAAAAAGCCAAACAAGGACCGUCGUUGCAGCAGAUAAAGGUGUAGCGCCAGUUCGAGGGAGAUAUUGAAAUUGUAAUCUUUUGAGGUCACGUGACUCAUUAAAUAAUUAAUGCGGAUCGUCAGGAAUGGAUCGGAGUCGUCAGGGCCGCACUAGGAAUGAAUCUCUCAGAAGUGAGACCCCAACUUCCUAUUUGAUUUUUAAAAACACACACCCUCAGAUUUAUCUCCAAAGGCUUUUAACUCCUUCAGGAGGUUUGAAGAGAGAGCCCUUCGGCGGGGAGGACCAGAGCUGGCGGGCCCACGCCGGGUCUGGGGGCUUUUUCUUCAGGGUUUCUGCAAGUCCGGGGAGCGCGCUGCGUCCGUGGAAACGUGAGUUUGGGCUGGGUUUUCUGCGGUCACAUCCCGGCUUUAGUGAUGAAGUGGGACGGAUGCGCAGACAGUUGAUAAUGUUCUGAUUCACACGGGGGAAGGCUGCAGAGAUACCACAGGACCGGCGCGCGGCUUUGUUCAAUUUUCCCGGUGUUCAUAAAUCACCCGCGCCGGGCGAGCGAGGGAGCAAGCGAGCGCCAAAAACGCCGAGAGAGAGGCCACGGCGGCGGUGGCGGCGGCGGCGGCCAUUGCAGAGGGAAAGAGACCUGGGCAACAUCUCUUUGUGACUCAUUAGUCUGAACGAUUUAUGGGGAACGGCAGCCAUGAAUAUUUGACUUGGGGAUAAGGAAAUAGCAACAACAAUAAUAACCAUAAUAAUUACAAUACUCCUAAGCGUCGUUGGUGGGGAGGGGUGGCGGAUGGCGGCAUAGCGGUUCUUUCUGGGGCGAAGUUGAGUAGCAUUGUGCAGGGUAGCUAAGCCCCACCACGCUCAGGGUCCCUCCAGGAGCCCCAAGGCCGGAGACACUCCCUGUGGGGACAUAGAGGGCGAAUUUGAAUAAGAGAAAGGGGCCCAGCGUGGAUUCUGAGUCCCAAGGGCCUGAUGGAGGGUGAGGGCUACAGGUCGAGAGGGUGGCAGAGGGCAACUAGUUGCUGGUUUUCCGCCAUUUGUUCAGUGUGCUAGGGGGCCCUGAAGCCUGAGGGUCAGGGGGCUUGUCAGCUAUUUGGUGGUCUCUCAGGCCAUCAACAGGACUGCAUGGACUGGGAUCAGGCAUCCAGGGCUGGUUGGGGGCAGGCUGCCAUGUGGGGAGGCUACCGGGCCCGGGGGGUGAAGGGGUAGUGGGGAGUAGGUUUGUGGAAGCAACCGGCACAGCAGAGUCCCAGGCAGUGGAGAAUCUAGCCGGGGUUCAGCAUUGGGGAUGAUUCUUCUCCACCUUCCCCAGCGUCUUCUCUCCAUCUCCGGAAAGUUGGCUGACCAUUUGCUACUUAGAGAGCAAGAGAGGGUUGCAGAUACCUUGAGAGACAAGUUGGCAGCAGAAUUAGGGCAUCGGUUGGCUUGGGACUGCUGUGCAAGGCAAGGCUGGUUAGGGCCCCCAGAUCGGGUAUUGUCAGAUGUCUGCAUCCUUCCUAGUCUUCCCCUAUUUCCAACCAGCCGCAGUUGGCCUACUCUCAGGGACUGGGCGCUGCGGUGGUCCCGCCAGCCCACUGGGACCGAGAAGUGAGGCACCCAGGGCUUGAAUAAACCAGAAGACAAAACCUCUCAAGACUGCCCCCCAGCCCAAAGACUGCUCCGGGGUCUGAUUUCGAGUCAAACAGAAAUGAGCACUAUUAGUGAGGUUUCAAGAGAGUCUGUGAUUGAAUGCUCCCAGACAGGGCUUCCCUUUGUUAGCGAAAGAAAAUAAAGCGUGCAUUCACAUUCCUCAAGUUGAGGUGCGUGAGGAGCUCUUGGAGCAGAGCUGGCACCAACGGCAAAGCUUCUUCCACCUUCCCAUCUUCCUCCGCCUAUCCAUUUUCUUCUCCCUACCCCCUUCCCCCAUCCCAGCCCCCGUAAAAAGAAAGAAAGAGGAGAAUGUGGGUGCGGAGAUGGAGUAUGUAUUUAUUUUACAAAAAUAAAUCAUCAUCUGCAGGCCAUUCUUAGACUGGACCCUUUCGAGCAACGAGUGCGCCUCAUGGACGAGUGCCCUGGCGACUCCUCCGUGUCCGCGUCACCCCGGGGGCCACCCUGGCGCCCGCGCAGGGCCGCACUUCCAACUCCGGUUCUCCAGCUCCCUUCCUUCGCAGCCACCGUUUACUCUCUGCUGUUUAUUUGUCCGCAGAGCGCCAGGACACCGGAAAAGGCGAUUCCCUGAGUGCCCGGAGUUGGAGACAAUCACUGGUUCAGUCUUAAACAUCUUUCGAGGUAAGCGCUGCGCCAACUCUUCACUCCUCCGGGCUUUGCACGGACCUUUGGAAGGAGUUUCCUCGUCCAGGCAGCUGCAGCCCCUUGAAGGAGGUUCUGGUCAAUAUUUAACCUCGGAGACGUUUUGGAGCUGGGUUCUCUUGAGCUGCACGCCCCGGGAAUGCGGGGUUUCAGGCAGACAAAGAGUCUGCCCCGAAAAACGGCCGGCACUGUGCAGGCGGGGCGGUUGCAGAGACCAAAGAUGUGCGUGCGGGGGCGGCCGGGGGUGUCAGAGGAGCGUGUUUGUUUCUUGGAGCGAGCUCCAAACAAACCCCUACACCGAGCAGCAGGGCAGAAGCAAGUAGAGGCCACGGGUGCGGCGGCCGCUGCGUGGGCCGCGCUCCCUGUCGACUGUUUGCGGCGCCCGCGGAGACUGUCUGCGCGGGGCAGCCAUUGGCGGCGGAGUAUCACGUGACCGCGGGGGCGUGCCAAUGUGCGCCCUCAAGGGUGUCAAGCCCCUGUCAGAGUGUGCGAUCAAGAUUGUGAGACAACGCGAUGCAAAAAGCGACCUACUACGACAGUUCGGCGAUCUACGGUGGCUACCCCUACCAGGCAGCCAACGGGUUCGCUUAUAAUGCCAAUCAGCAGCCGUAUCCGGCGUCCUCGGCACUGGGCACUGAUGGCGAGUACCACCGACCUGCCUGUUCACUCCAGUCGCCCGCCAGCGCCGGGGGCCACCCCAAGGCGCACGAGCUGAGCGAGGCGUGUCUGCGCACCCUGAGUGGCCCGCCCAGCCAACCCCCAGGCCUCGGCGAGCCCCCCCUGGCCCCGCCGCCCCCCCAGGCCGCGCCCCCUGCUCCACAGCAGCCUCAACCCCCGCCACAGCCCCCAGCACCCGCUCCUGCCGCGCCCCCGCCCCCCUCUUCAGUUUCCCCACCUCAGAAUGCCAGCAGCAACCCCACGCCUGCCAGCGCAGCCAAGAGCCCCCUACUCAACUCACCCACCGUGGCCAAACAAAUCUUCCCCUGGAUGAAAGAGUCUCGGCAAAACACAAAGCAGAAAACCAGCGGCUCCAGCUCAGGGGAGAGCUGCGCUGGCGACAAGAGUCCGCCUGGGCAGGCGUCGUCCAAACGGGCGCGCACCGCCUACACGAGCGCGCAGCUGGUGGAGCUGGAGAAGGAAUUCCACUUCAACCGCUACCUGUGCCGGCCGCGCCGGGUAGAGAUGGCCAACCUGCUGAACCUCACAGAGCGCCAGAUCAAGAUCUGGUUCCAGAAUCGCCGCAUGAAGUACAAGAAGGAUCAGAAGGGCAAGGGCAUGCUGACGUCAUCAGGGGGCCAGUCCCCAAGUCGUAGCCCGGUGCCCCCCGGCGCGGGCGGCUAUCUGAACUCUAUGCAUUCGCUGGUCAACAGCGUCCCAUACGAGCCCCAGUCGCCCCCGCCUUUCUCCAAGCCUCCCCAGGGUGCCUAUGGGCUGCCCCCCGCCUCCUACCCCGCACCCCUGCCAAGCUGCGCGCCCCCACCGCCCCCACAGAAGCGCUACACCGCGGCGGGGGCAGGGGGCACACCCGACUAUGACCCGCACGCUCAUGGCCUGCAGGGCAACGGCAGCUAUGGGACCCCACACUUACAGGGAAGCCCCGUCUUCGUGGGGGGCAGCUAUGUGGAGCCCAUGAGCAACUCUGGGCCUGCCCUCUUUGGCCUAACUCACCUCCCCCACGCCGCCUCGGCAGCCAUGGACUACGGGGGUGCUGGGCCACUGGGCAGCGGCCACCAUCACGGGCCCGGGCCAGGGGAGCCUCACCCCACCUACACGGACCUUACCGCCCACCAUCCUUCUCAGGGAAGAAUUCAGGAAGCCCCCAAGCUCACCCACCUGUGAUGGUGGGCUCGGGGCUGCGCGCCAGGAGAGUACCCCCCCCCCCCGCCCCCACCUUUCUUCGUCGUUUCCCUGUUUUGUUUUGUUUUAAGAUUCUUCCUGUCCUCUCUUUUCUGUUCUCCGCCCCUUCUACCUUCCCCUCCCCCUCGUUUUGUUUUCUUUGGUAACGCGUUUUUAUAGUUUAUGUGACGUAGCAAUCUUGGUUGCUGGAAUGGCUGUCAGUAUCAGUAGCGAUGUUUAUCUCCUCCUACCCCCUCGCUCGGCCGCUGGCCCUGCACCCUUUACUUUCUCUACUCUUUGAUCAGAAACAGGGUAUAUGAACAAAUUUUCUAGCCGAGUUCUUCAAUGUGAAUUUGUUCGUACAUUAUGGCUCCCGAGGGGAAGCAAUUACUUUUUUUUUUUAACUUUUAGAUUUUUUUUAAAUUGCACUUCUUGUAAAGAGCGAGAAAAAAAUCAAAGGCGCUUUGAAACAGGGGCUCCCUGUGCAAGGACGACUACGUGUACGUCUUUCCGUGUGUGUAUGCUGGUGAACAGUCAGAUUUAUUUAUAUUUUUUUUGCAAGCAUUGAAUAAUCUAAGUUUUAAAUAUUAUUUAUCCCCAUCCGUUCGUAUUUAUAUUAAAGAAAUUCUGUACCCUGAUUGUUCAGAAGGUUUCUUGGGCCUUUUGUUCAAUAGUGUAUUGGCGUACAUAGAAAAAUUUUUUAUUUGAAAGGGAAAUAUAAUUCCUUUAUAAAAACGGUAACGAUGCAAUAAUACCAGAGAGGAUCCAGCUUUUGAAAAGACUGAUUUAGGUUUGUAACAUCCGGCCAAACUGAAAAAAAAAACAAAACAAUCUGUAAACGUGAAAAAUGCUAGAUUUGUUUCGAGAGUUCUACAUUCCUUGCUGCUCACAUUCUGAGAAACUAAACAAAAAAAAUAAAUAAAGUUUUUAUUCUGAAUAA